CCUCCCACCACGAAACUCUUUCUUGACAUCGUCAAUUCACUACUACAAACCUCCACUUCGCCGUUCUCACAUAACUCAUUCCUCUACCUCUCUGCCGCUACUCUCCGCUUCUACCCCUCUACUUCGCAGAUAUUCAAUAUGCUUGAAGCACGCCUAGAGCAAGCGAGCAUCCUCAAGAAGGUGGUCGAAGCUAUCAAGGACCUCGUCCAGGAUUGCAACUUCGACUGCAAUGACUCCGGGAUUGCGUUGCAGGCUAUGGACAACUCACACGUUGCACUCGUCUCAAUGCUGCUGAGGUCCGAUGCCUUCUCCCCUUUCCGAUGCGACCGCAACAUCGCCCUUGGUAUCAACCUUGGAUCGCUCACAAAGGUCCUUCGCGCAUGUCAAACCGACGAUAUCCUCACAUUGAAAGCUGAGGAUGCCCCGGAUGUCGUAAACCUAGUGUUUGAGAACAAGGAAUCGGAUAGGAUCAGCGAGUACGAUAUCAAGCUCAUGGACAUUGACCAAGAGCAUCUUGGUAUCCCGGAGACGGAGUAUGCGGCAACUGUCACAAUGCCUGCUGCAGAGUUCCAGCGGAUCUGCCGCGAUCUUAACGCUAUCUCUGAAUCCGUUUCGAUUGAAUGCACAAAGGAAGGCGUUACAUUCAAGUGCUCAGGCGACAUCGGCUCAGGGUCCAUCCAGCUGCGAGGCCACAGCGAUGUCGAGAAGCCGGAGAACAACGUUGACAUCGACCUUACGGAGCCCGUGUCGCUCACUUUCUCUCUCAAAUACCUCGUCAACUUCUGCAAGGCAAGUGGUUUGUCUGCGCAGGUCAAGUUGUGCCUGUCGAACGAGGUGCCCUUGCUGGUCGAGUACUCCCUACAAGACAACAGCAACAGCUAUCUGAGAUUCUACCUCGCUCCCAAGAUUGGGGAUGAGGAAUGAGCAAUGGAUGUUGCAUCUUAUGUAUGAGGCCUUAGACUGUUUGUCUUUUCGGAUACACGUCUGUCAUCACAAUAUGUAAUAUCCUUCGUCUGCAUCAGCGUUCGGUCGGUUCAUGUAUGAUGUUCGGUGCGUUGAGGUGUGCCGCUUCUGGCACAGUUCCAAGGUUAGUUAUGGACCUCGCAUGCCUCGGCGCGAGGGGCACCGGACCGGGAUGCCCCGCCGACGUCAGCGCGUCGGACGAUCGAUUACAGUGAUGGAAAAUUCAAGAAUACACAACUCCAUUGUCACCCGUGUUUAACUAUCCGUCCGUUUGUGAAGUU